GUUUUGUUCUGUAGCGAGUUAGCAGGGCACCUGUGAAAGACGCAGCGUGCACUGAGCGAUAAGAGCAGAGGAAGAGAGAGACAGUAUAGAAGCUGUCGUCGUUGGUGUUUUUAAAGAGACUCAAAAUUGAUAGAAACAACAAGAAAGCUGCUGCAACUGGUGCCUCUGUCGAGGACCAGCCGCCGCGCAAAAAAGGACGACGUUCAGCAGCAGGGGGUGCCACAUCAUCAGCAGCAGCAAUAUCAACAUUGACCGAAAAUUUCGCUGGACCAAAUAAUAGUGAUCAAGCCAGUUCAUUUUUAUCGGGAGACACCGAAACGGCGUCAACUUCAAGAGCCGCCGCUGCUGCACAACAAGAGCGAAUACGCAAUCAAAAUAAUCACGAAAAACAGACAAAAGGUGAUUCAGCAAAUCAAAAAGCAAACAAUAACAGCAAUAACAAAGAAAACCAUCAAGCAACGGAGAACAAACAACUCGGACAACAGCAACAGCAUUGCAAUCAAAUCAGUGAUACAGAAAAAAAAUCGGGUGUAAAUAUGGAUAAUAUUGGAGCGAUUCCUUCCACCUCUGCGGGAAUUGAAGCGGCAUCUGGUGCCAGUAACCAUGGAAGUGACUCAUCCUCAAACAUCAACAAUUCUACAACUAAUGGACACGAUCCCAAACACAAUGGAUUCACUGCCAGGAAUAAUAACAACGCCAUAGAACCGUCUAACAGUCGCGAUGACCAGAACAAUCACAACGAGACGAAUAACACGAUCUCUUGGUUAGGAAAGUCCAACCAAGAAAUCAUAAGACUUAUUGGGCAAUAUUUGCAGGACUUGGGUCUCGAGAAAUCUGUCAAUACAUUAAUGUCCGAAUCUGGUUGCUAUCUAGAACACCCAUCAGCAACUAAGUUUCGAGAGCAUGUCCUUUCAGGAGAGUGGAGCAAAGCAGAUGCAGACUUGAAGGAACUAGAACCGCUAAUAGACAAUGGGAAACCAUCGACUAUCACAGAAAUGAAAUUUUUAUUGUUGGAGCAAAAAUAUCUGGAAAAUCUAGAUGAUGGAUGUCCCUUGGAAGCCUUGCAUGUUCUGCGGAAUGAGCUUACACCGUUGCAACAUAAUAUUUCAAGGGUCCAUCAACUCUCGUCAUACAUGAUGUGUUCAAAUAAUCACGACCUUUACCAACGUGCCAAAUGGGAAGGUAAAGGAAUAUUAUCUCGAGCACUUGUAAUGGAACGCUUACAGACAUAUUUGCCACCAUCAGUAAUGAUGGCUCCCCGGCGCUUGCGAUCCCUGCUGCAACAAGCCGUUGAGUUACAGACACAGAAUUGCAUGUUCCAUGACAUGGCAUGGGAAACGAAUCUGCAAAACGUGUCGUUGCUCACGGACCACUGCUGCGCCACCGACGGGUUUCCGCUCCAAACAAUUCAAAUUUUGUCCGAUCAUUGCGACGAAGUGUGGUUCUGCAAGUUCUCACCUGAUGGCUUGAAGUUGGCUACGGGUAGCAAGGAUGGAGCUGUCAUAAUCUGGGAUGUUGAUCCGUAUAAAUUGCAAUUGAAACAACGUCGUGUUUUAGACAGUCAAACACAAAUGAGUGUUGCUUUCAUUAAUUGGAGCCCCGACUCGAAAAUGAUCUUGGUUGGUGGACCAGAAGACUCGACGGAAAUAUGCAUCUUCAAUGUCGACGAUGGUCGUUUAAUAAUGAAAAUGGAUAACAUGAAUCAAGAAGACAGCCUCUCCUGUGGGGCAUUCAAUCGAGAUGGAACCAGGUUCGUGUGUGGUGGACAAAAAGGACAAUUUUACCUAUGCGAUCUUAAGGGUACAGUACUCGAUUCAUGGGAAGGAGUACGAAUCAAUAGCGUAGCCUACAGGUCAGACAAUAAAACGAUAUUAGCCGCAGAUAACCAUUACAGAAUCCGAGGGUAUAACUUUGAAAAUCCCCGAUCAGAUUUUGACGUAUUGAAGGAAUCACACCCAAUCAUGACAUUUUCUGUGAACUCCGCAGACCGUUUAGCAUUGCUGAACAUUUCAAAUCAAGGCCUGCAUUUGUGGGACUUGGAGGACAAAUGCCUAUUGCGUAGUUUUCAAGGUAUUCGCCAAAGCAAUUUUGCUAUACAUUCGUGCUUUGGGGGAGUCAACGAGAGUUUCGUUGCCAGUGGAAGUGAAGACAAACACGUCUGCAUUUGGCAUAUAAAAAGAGAGGAGCCAUUGGCCAAACUGUCGGGACACGCUAAAACGGUUAAUUGCGUCUCUUGGAAUCCCGUUUAUCCCUCCCUACUGGCUUCGGCCAGCGAUGAUUCGACUGUUCGCAUUUGGGGUCCAACAUCUACACAUAACGUUAAUUCUACACCCGAAAGUGAUGACUGUUCGUCGUGUUCAUCUUCCUCGUCGUGGAAUAUGACUUCCUAGAGCAUAGUAGCAGAUAUGUUUGACGUCGUCGUAGUGAAAAUAUCU